UUCAGCAGUCAUUGGACUUCAGCAUGACUACUCAGUUGCCGGUUUAUGUGGCAAUUUUGCUUUUCUAUGUCUCAAGAGCCAGCUGCCAGGACACUUUCACUGCAGCUGUUUACGAGCAUGCAGUGAUAUUGCCCAAUGCCACCCUAACACCAGUGUCUCGUGAGGAGGCUUUGGCGUUAAUGAAUCGGAAUCUGGACAUUUUGGAAGGAGCGAUCACAUCAGCAGCGGAUCAGGGUGCGCAUAUUAUUGUGACUCCAGAAGAUGCUAUUUAUGGCUGGAACUUCAACAGGGACUCUCUCUACCCAUAUUUGGAGGACAUCCCAGACCCUGAAGUAAACUGGAUCCCCUGUAAUGAUCCUAACAGAUUUGGCCAGACCCCAGUACAAGAAAGACUCAGCUGCCUGGCCAGGAACAACUCUAUCUAUGUUGUGGCAAACAUUGGGGACAAGAAACCAUGCAACACCAGUGAUCCUCGGUGUCCCCCUGAUGGCCGUUACCAAUACAACACUGAUGUGGUAUUUGAUUCUCAAGGAAAACUGGUGGCACGCUACCAUAAGCAAAACCUUUUCAUGGGUGAAGAUCAAUUCAAUGUCCCCAAGGAGCCUGAGAUUGUGACUUUCAAUACCACCUUUGGAAGUUUUGGCAUUUUCACAUGCUUUGAUAUACUCUUCCGUGAUCCUGCUGUUACCUUGGUGAAAGAUUUCCACGUGGACACCAUACUAUUCCCAACAGCUUGGAUGAAUGUUUUGCCACAUUUGUCAGCUGUUGAAUUCCACUCAGCUUGGGCUAUGGGCAUGAGGGUCAAUUUCCUUGCAUCCAACAUAUAUUACCCCUCAAAGAAAAUGACAGGAAGUGGCAUCUAUGCACCCAAUUCUUCAAGAGCUUUUCAUUAUGAUAUGAAAACAGAAGAGGGAAAACUCCUCCUCUCACAACUGGAUUCCCACCCAUCCCAUUCUGCAGUGGUGAACUGGACUUCCUAUGCCAGCAGUAUAGAAGCGCUCCUGUCAGGAAACCAGGAAUUUAAGGGCACUGUCUUUUUCGAUGAAUUCACUUUUGUGAAGCUCACAGGAGUUGCAGGAAAUUAUACAGUUUGUCAGAAAGAUCUCUGCUGUCAUCUAAGCUACGAGAUGGCUGAGAACAUACCAGAUGAAGUGUACGCCCUAGGGGCAUUUGAUGGACUGCACACUGUGGAAGGGCGCUAUUAUCUACAGAUUUGUACCCUGUUGAAGUGUAAAACGACUAAUUUAAACACUUGCGGUGACUCAGUCGAAACAGCUUCUACCAGGUUUGAAAUGUUCUCCCUCAGUGGCACUUUCGGAACCCAGUAUGUCUUUCCUGAGGUAUUGCUGAGUGAAAAUCAGCUUGCACCUGGAGAAUUUCAGGUGUCAACUGAUGGACGCUUGUUUAGUCUGAAGCCAACAUCCGGACCUGUCUUAACAGUAACUCUGUUUGGGAGGUUGUAUGAGAAGGACUGGGCAUCAAUUGCUUCAUCAGGCCUCACAGCACAAGCAAGAAUAAUAAUGCUAAUAGUUAUAGCACCUAUUGUAUACUCAUUAAGUUGGUAGAAUAUUGACAUUUUCUCUUUUUUAUUUGGGAUAAUUUAAAAAAUGAUGGAUGAGAAAAGAAAGAUUGGUCUGGGUUAAUAUUAUUGUCUAGUAUAAGUGAAUUACUAGUUUCUCUUUAUUUAGACAAACACACACACACCAGAUAAUAUAAGCUUAAUAGAUUAUCUGUUAAUGUAGAUUUUAUUAAAACAACUAUAUUUGAACAUUGG